AUGAAUAGUCCUAAAAGUGGUGAAAGUAAAGAUGAUCAUCCAACGAGUUUCGUAAAAGCAGUUUCGUCUUCUUCAUCUAAAGCUGAUCGAAAUUCAAAAGACAAAAGCAAAGUCUCAACAGUUAAAAGUGAAAAAGCAUGUAAUGGAAUUGUCUCUUCAUCGUCAUCGUCAUCACCUCCUUCGUCAACGAAAACAACAACAACAUCGACAAGCAAUUCAAAGCUCAACAAUAAAAUGAAUUCUAAAUCUAGUGGUGAUAAAAAGGAAGAUUCAGAUCGACCAGAUUCUCAUGAAGAAGAUGAAGGUAUUAAUUUGGACGAAUCGAGUCACAGUAAUGGAAAAAAGUUGACCUUUGCUGAAGUUGCUCGUCGUUCUAAAGCAAAAGCGACCGCAGCAAGUGGAGUGGAAAAGUAA